UUGUCUCAAAAUAGCUUUCUGGUUAGUUUUAAGAACUGUGGGCCGUUUAGCUAAAAGAAGUUUGAAAAUGGUGAGCGAGAAAAAGAAAUGCAGUUUUAUUGGAACCCACAAUGGCCAAUUUCACUGUGACGAAGCCUUGGCUUGCUACAUGCUUAAACUAUUACCUGAGUUUGAAAAUUGUCAAAUUAAGAGAUCACGUGAUCCCGCUGUGUUGAAUGAAUGUGACAUAAUAGUGGAUGUCGGGGCCAUGUAUGACCAUUCAAAGAUGCGCUAUGACCAUCAUCAGAAGGAGUUUAAGACCACUAUGAAGGAUGUACAUGCACAUAUGGACUUUACGACCAAACUGAGCAGUGCCGGUCUGGUUUAUGCACACUACGGAAUUGACAUAAUGAAAAAAAUUUAUUCGGGCGAGACUGGACUUAGCCACAUCAAAAAUGACGAUCUAAAGCAACUUUACUCAAAGGUGUAUCAAAAUUUUGUGGAAGAAAUUGAUGCGGUUGAUAAUGGUAUAAAUGUGAGCGACAGUGACAAAGUGAACUAUCGAGUAACCACCACAAUCAGCAGUCGGGUAGGGUUCCUGAACCCAAAAUGGAACGAAGAAUCUUCUGAGAAAAUUCAGUUUGAAAGGUUCGAAAAAGCAAUGCAGCUAGUUGGAACUGAAUUUGUUGAACGUGUUUUGCAUUAUGCUCGCGUUUGGUUACCAGGGCGUGAAAUUGUAAAAACUGCAAUGGAAAAAAGACUGAAGUUCCACGAAAGUGGUCAAAUUGUUGUAUUUGAGGAUAUUUGUCCACCUUGGAAGGACCACCUCUACAAUUUGGAGAAAGAGUUGAACCUUCUGGAAGAUUCUAGAAGGAUCUAUUACGUUAUUUAUCAAGAUUCGAAUGGUGGAUGGAGGGUGCAAUGUGUUCCAAUGGCAGAAGGAUCUUUUAAUAGUCGGCUUCCACUGCCUGAAAAUUGGAGAGGAGUUCGCGAUGAUAAACUGUCGGAGAUCUCUCAAAUUCCUCAGUGUGUUUUUGUCCAUAGUUCUGGUUUCAUUGGAGGGAAUUUGACUUACGAAGGCGCUCUAAAAAUGGCAGUGAUUAGUUUGAAUCAGUUGAAUGUAAACUAAUCGUUUUGUUGUUUUUAUUUUUGAGUUAGUUCGUGAACCCUUUUUAACAACUCAUUUACUAAUAUACUUUUCUUUAAACUAAUUUUGGGAGAGA